UCACCGUGAUUACUCAAAAUUGAGUAAUCAUGAUAACGCAUUCCUCCAAACGACCCCACGUGAAACUGAAAAUAAACCCCAAUUAGAACCGGGAACACCAAAACGAUGGGUGCAUUUUAGAAUGUAACUAACAUAAUGGAGAAUCAAUUAAGAUGUAACUUGAGAAUCUGAAUUGCUAAACCGCCGAUCUUGUUAACUAUGUCGAAUCCGAAAUUUCCAUAUUGAUGAUGAAUAUGAAAUGAGCAAUCAAUAAUUAUGAAAUGAGCAAUCAAUAAUUAGUAACACACCCUCCUUGUGAUUACCGAUUCUAAUCAACUGUUACGUAGAAAAUACAAUAAUGUUUUAUUACAAAGUAAAUCACGACAAUGAACCUUAAACCAGCCAUCCGCCAACUGGACAACAUCCAUCACGAUGCGCGUACUUAUUUAUAAUAGAUUGGGCAAAGCGCACACACGCUAAUGGAUCGUCCUCUCCCAAGAACUUUGCUUCGAGUGAAUCAUUGAGAUAAUCAUUGCUAAAUGCUAAUGUUUUAGAUUAUAAAAUAAUAGUGCAAUGAUUCUAAUAAACUGGAUAAAUUUUAUUUGAUGAUACUAAUUACAAAACUAAUAACAUAGAUUUCAUUAAUCAUUAUUAUAACAAGGUUGUGACUAUCGUAUCAUCAAAUAUAUUUAACACAUUACCUUUGAUUUGUCAUCUUUCACUUCAUCGAUAUAACCAGUACCGAGUCGAAAGUUAGAUAAAUCUAAAGUGAAACUUAUGAUAUAAAGUAUAAACAUAUAUUUUAUUGUUACAAAUAAAUUACAUCAACCUAGAGGUUGUCAACCUGCGGAUCGACCCACUUUAACCUGACCCGGUUAGGCAUGGCAUUAUGAACCCGACCCGAUGGAUCGGACCCGGCCCAGCCCGUUUUGGGGCGGGUAUUACCCGACCCGUCUAUUAACGGGCCGGGGCAGCCCCGACCCGCCGACAGGCCAGGCCGGGCUUGGGUAUCAUCGUAGCCCCGCCCCGUCCCCGACCCGCCCCGCUUCUCCUUCCCUGCAACUUCCAGAAAGUGGACGAUCGAUUCAUCUUCUCCACCAUCCCUCCAACACCUCACGCCCUGCAACUUCCCAAGGCGAGCGAUUCAUCUUCUAUGCCCGUUGAAAGGAAGAGAGUGUCUCCCACUAUGAAUGCUAAUCUUUCCCAAAAAAAAGUGUCUCCCACUCUAACCCCUUCAUUACGAACGCUUACCUUCCCCAAGGAAGAGAGAGUCAUUCUCAUUCAUUACGAAUGCAAAUCCAAUUCCCAGCAGUCUCCCACUCGUAAUCCCUUCAGGUUCAUACUUAGAAUCUAUAAAUAGACAGUUGAUUCUUCUUCUCCAUACUCUAGAAUCCAGAGAGAGAGCACAAUCCAAACCCUAUUUCCAGAAUUGGUGCUUGCUGAUUUGAUCAUCUCUUCAACUCGAAAAGAACUCCUUUUGGGGCCUGGGCAGGUAUUUGAUUCCAUUCCACAUCGAUUUAGGUAUUUAAAUGAUUCCAUUCCCCUCUACAAUAAGCAGAUUUAACAGUAUCAAUGUUCUUUUUUGCAGCACAAUCCAUGGCUGAACAACGACAAGCUAGUGACGCUCCGCCAACUGCAAGCGCUGUUGUUGUCUCGAACCCAACAGCUUCUCCAACUCCAAACGUUGUUGAAGUUGCCCCUGGUGUUCAAAAUGCAGAUCAAGCAAAUCAACCAAAUGCAAAUCAGAUUAAUCAGCCGAAUCCAAAUGAUUCUGUUGAGGCUGUACAAGAAGAGGGGGCUGCCAAGGGUGGUAACAACAGAACUUUCUCUGAAUGGUGGGCACAUUAUGAUCGAUUAACAGUUGGGGGAGUGAAGAAGGCCAAGUGCAAAUACUGCAAGAGAUUGAUGAUGGGAGAGCCAAAGCACGGGACCAGUCACUUGAAAAAGCACUACAACAGAUGCCCUAAGAGGACUUGCACAGAUUUAAGGCAACAACUCCUGCAAGCCAACUUGGACAAGGACAAAAGGUUCCAACUCUCUCCUUUCAACUUUGAACAACAGAAUUCUCGACAAGAACUUGCAAGGGCAAUCAUCAAGCAUGGAUACUCUCUAUCCAUUGUUGAACAUGAAGGAUUUAGAAGCUUCUGCAACAGCUUGAAUCCUUGUUUUAAGAUGGUAUGCAGAAACACCAUUAAGAAGGAUUGUGUGAGCAUUUUUGACCAUGAAAAAAAAGCUACAAUGAAGUUGUUUGAAAAGAAUGAAGGGCGGGUGGCAGUGACCACAGACAUGUGGACAUCUACUCACCAGAAGAAGGGGUUUAUGGCUGUGACAGCCCAUUUUAUUGACAACAAUUGGAACUUACAAAGUCGGCUCAUCAGAUUCAUUUAUGUGCCUGCUCCGCAUACUAGUGAUGUUCUCUGUGAAUGCCUUCUGCAUUGUCUGAUGGAUUGGAAUAUUGACAGCAAACUAUCUGCUGUCACUGUGGAUAAUUGUUCCACUAAUGAUGCAAUGAUGACUUUGCUUAUGGAGAAGCUGCCAACAGAUUCAUGUAUGUUGGGUGGUAGUAUGCUCCACAUGCGCUGUUCUGCCCAUAUCCUGAAUCUAAUUGUGAAGGAAGGACUUAAAUCAAUUGGAGAUGCAAUUGAAAGGAUUCGCAACAGCUGUCAGUUCUGGUUGGCAACACCAAAAAGGUACGAAACUUUUGAGGAAACAGCUCGUCGAAAAAAACCUUAUAGUGGCAAGAAGCUAGUUCUUGAUUGUGAAACUCGAUGGAAUUCUACUUACUUGAUGCUUGAUACUGCAAUGGGAUACAAGGAUGUGUUUUUUCGCUUGAAAAAUCGUGAGGCAAAGUAUAAAAAUGUGCCUACUGAGCAAGACUGGGAAAUGACUAGUAUAAUAUGCAGCAAGUUGAAGAUUUUCUGGAACGCAACUAAUCUGUUUUCAAGCACUCAAUACCCUACUGCAAACCUGUUUUUCCCUGUCAUUUGUGAGAUUAAGUUGGCUUUAAACAAGUGGUCUGUUUGUGGAAUUGAGGUGAUUGAAUCCAUGUCAUCAGAUAUGAUAGACAAGUUUGACAAGUAUUGGUUGAGUGUGAAUGUUUUGAUGGGAGUAGCUGCUGUUCUUGAUCCAAGAUAUAAGAAUGAGGUGCUGCUGUGCUACUUUCCUAAAAUUUAUGGUAUGGAUAGUGAGGAUGAGAUAGAGAACAUACUUAGCUACUGCCGUCAUUUGCUUGCUGAGUAUGAGGAGAAAGAAAGAGAAGAGGAACAAGUGAAUGUUGCUAAUGGAGAUGGUGGAGAAGGAAAUGGUUCUGAAAAUUGUUUUGCUCUUGAGUUUCACUCAUACGCCUCCAGCAAGAAAAGGAAACGUCCUGUGAGAUCAGAGUUGGAUGCAUAUUUGGAAGAUGAUAUAAUUAGGAAUAUCCCUGAUUUUGAUGUCCUAUCUUGGUGGAAGUCCAAUAAGGGGAAGUAUCCUAUUCUGCACAAAGUUGCUUGAGAUAUUCUGUCUAUUCCUGCUUCAACAGUUGCUUCAGAAUCGGCCUUCAGUACAAGUGGAAGGAUCAUCAGUCCUCAACGUAGCAGACUUCACCCCAAGACUGUGGAAGCCUUAAUGUGUGCACAGAAUUGGCUGAAUUCUGAAGGUACAUGUUUUUUUUUUUAUUUCUUGCCACUAACUCUGUUCAUUUUUCUAUUAUGCAAUUCUGUUUUUCCAUUGACUUUUUAAGUUUUGAUACUUAUGUGUUGAAUGAUUGUGAAAAACAGUUGAUCCUUUGGAGGAUGAUGAGUGUGAUGAUUCAGAUGAUGAUGACAAGGUGGAAGAUAAAGCUUGAUGAUUGAAGAGGGCUGCUUGCUGGGAAUUGUUAAGCUGUUGUGGGAGAUUCAAGUUGCUGUGAUGUUCUUUGCUGCUUUUUGAAGAGUUCUUGUUGGAAUGUUAUGAUUUCUAUUUUAUUUUGUUUUGAAGAUUUCUGGGUUUGAACCUUAUAUUAAGUUUGAUGUUUUGUUGUUUCGGAAGACUUGGAUUUAUGCUUUUAAUUCGGUUGGAAUGGUUAAGCAGGCUAUUUUGUUCUUUUUUAUCAAUUAUUAGUUUGAGCACUUGUUUUGAAUUAUCACUGAACAGGGCGGGUCUGGGUUGGACCCGACCCGUGCGGGUUGGGGCGUGGGUCACCAUAAGCAGGCCCGUGGUGGGUUUUGGGGCGGGGCGGGCCAUGGAAAAAAAUGACGGGGUGGGGCUGGGUUGAGCAAUACCCGGCCCAUUUUGGCCCAUUGCCAUCCCUAGACCCGGUGAGAAAAAUGGGCCGCAAGUACUCGUCGGGUCGACCGCUACAAGGUAUCGGGUUAGAAGUCAAAUUGUGUCAUUUUUUCUUUGGUUUACGAAAUGCGCCUAUUUUUACGAUUUUUCUUUUCGCCUAACUCAAUCUUUGGAAUCCUUAGUUGAACAUUUGAAUAUAUUGAUGUUAUAUUUGAAUAUGUUGGAUCUAAGUACGACAUGUUACUUUGGUGUAAUGUUAUAUGUUAUUACUCAUAUGUUAGAUGAGAUUUGAUAUUAUUUAUUAGGAUAAGUAUAAUAUAAUCCAACGAUGGAUUCAGAUUUUCAUCAAAGAUACUUUAUGUUUAAUAAAAAAAUUUAACUGUUGUCUGAUAGUCACGAAUUCAAUAUUACCAUUACGAAAAUAAAAUUUCAAGCGAAUUUUUUGUCCAAAAUUUUGAUUUAAAGUUUGUCUAGUGACAACCCAUUGAUACACUUGGGUCCGCCCUUUUGAACCACAGUAGCAUAGGCGGGGCGUGAGUACUAUUUUCGCUCUACACUCUACUUCGCCCCGUCUCGUUUCAUUCAUGACCCGUUCUUUCUCGAUUAGUUGCAAGACUUCCUCUUUCAACUAAUUGAGCUCAAUUACUCAUUUUAUAUCUUUGUUUUUAUAUUUGUUAAGUGUUUUGUUUUAUCGUAAAUAGUUUAUGUUUCUACGUCUAUUUUUUUGCAAAUAACAUGCGAGAAUUAGGUCGACCUGCGUAACUCGCAUCUGAGCGACUAUUACCCAACUUGAUCCGCACUUAGUGUAGAGACUAGUAUGGUAUUGAGGUACCCACCUACCCCACCCGUUUGCCACACUAUACUUGGGGCCUUCACAUUUGGCGAAAAAUUAACAUCUAUUGUUGGAUUCACAUGAUAGUUUGGUAUCAACUUUCAAAGUUAGAUACUUACAAGUUGCCUAAUUUUGGCUAGUCGGAGAAUUACUUUUGCUUAUUAAACCAUAAUCUGACAACAUCCAUCCAACCACAGUGUCAAAGCUAAGCCCUAUUUUGUUCAGUCAUAGGAUACACCUAAAAUUUGGAGGAAAAUUAUUAACCCCGAAUAGGUGUAUGUGUAGGAUUUGAAUUCUAGACGUUUAUGUAAUACGAGAAGUUUUAUAGACAAUGUAUUUUUUUUACAAUUCGUUCCAUACAUGAAAAUAUGUCAUGGCUGUCUAUACAAAAUAAAUUUGUAUUAAUAGG